AUGGACAUCAAGAGCAUACCUUUGAACAAGCACCCAGCCAGUCUGCCAAAAUGUCACAUAUCUAAGUCUGUGGACCAUGCGCAAGCGACAAGGGCUGUCGUUCAACGACUUGCACUCGGGCCUCAAUUGAAAGAUCUGGCGGAUAAUAUAAUUUGGCGAGAUUCGCUCGCGUUCACAGGCACUUUUCGCACUUUCUAUGGAAUUGAGAGAGUCACACACGAGUGGAAGAAGUUAAACAUGACGAAGAAGCCAGUCGACUUCGAAUUCGUGGAAGGCUCUUCGAUUAUACUGCGCCUCGAUGCCGAAACAUGCUGGAUUCAAGCUGCCUUUUCGUUCUCCACUGGUGGGUCAUUGGGCGGAAGAUGCUCUGGGACCAUAGGACUCGUCCCUAGCAGCAGAUUCUCGGAUUCGGGCUGGGAAAUAUGGCUGCUCUGUACCGUUCUGGAGCAGCCCACCGCCUUCCACAAUGUCGACCAUUUACAUGCAAACAGUGGAUCGUAUCAAGUCCAUGGUGAAAACUCGAUUCCACUGGAUUGUCUUGUUGUCGGCGCGGGCAUUGGUGGGUUGUGUAUGGCUGGACGCUUAAAAGCCUUAGAUCUUUCUUACGUUGUCAUCGAGAAGCAUGAAGUUGGUGACGUGUGGUCGAAGGGACGGUACGACUCUGUGAAGCUCCAUACCUCUAAGCAGUUCAACCAGCUACCUGGAAAUCCUCCUACCUUUGGCAAAGAUCAUCAAUACCUUCUCACUGCCAAAGAUCUUUCGGAAGGGUUCAAGCGAUACGUGGACACCUUUGACAUCAAUGUCAUGACAUCAACUUGUUUCACAAAGGCUAAAUAUGACGAGAACCAUCGGUUCUGGCGAGCAUCUCUUCAGCGAGAUGGCGACACCUUCGAGAUCAAAGCUCGCCACAUUGUCCUUGCCAUUGGAGAUAUGGGCGUCAAACCAAAGGUUCCCGAAUACCGUGACCGACAUUUAUACAAAGGCGACGUAAUCCACGCAGUAGACUGGAAAAACGCAUCCAGAUGGCAAGGCUGCAAACAUGGCGUCGUGAUCGGCUCAGCCAACUCAGCCCACGACAUCAUCUCCGACAUGUCGAAAUCCUCCAUCCAGAACAUAACCAUGAUCCAAAGAUCCGAGACCUUCGUCCUCCCAAAAUCCACCUUCUCUGCCCUCGUCGAUCCAGUCUACAACGAAUCCACACCCCUCGACCUCAGCGACCGAGCCCUCAUGUCCGCACCCUUACCAAUCCAACGUCUCGCCGCCAUGGCCGGAAUCCGUGCCUGUGCCGACAUGCAUCCCAAUCCAGAGAAAUUUGAGAAAAUGUCAGCUAACGGGUACAAAUGUCGAAGGUAUGGAGAUCUUUGGGGACAGUUGUAUGAGUCCCAAGGAAAACAUUUCUUUGACAUUGGGGCUGGAGAUUUAAUUGCCGAGGGGAAAGUCAAAGUGAAGAGUGAUGCUUUACCCGUGGCGUUCACUGGGAGAGAUUUGGUUAUGGAUGAUGGAACGAAGCUUGAGGAUGUGGAUGUUGUGGUUUUUGCUACGGGGUAUGAGAGUCAUUUUAGAUCUGCCUUACAAGAGAUUUUUGGGCAUGAGGUCGCGGGCAAAUUGAGGCCGUUUUGGGGAACGGAUGCUGAGGGGGAGGUGCUGGGGGCUUGGAGGAGGACGGGAUGUCAUGGAAUCUGGUAUACUGGACAUGGAUUUGCGCAUGCGAGGUAUUAUUCAAGAUUCGUGGCGAUGCAGAUUAAGGCUGAUGUGAUGGGGCGACCUUUUGAGGUGUAUGAAGCAGAAGCGGAGUAA